UUCCUUCCUUCCUUCCUUCCUUCUCUCCCUUCCUUCCUUCCUUCCUUCCUUCAGUGCAUUCGAAAAAGAGCGAAAAAAGUGAUAUUUCACGAGGGAUUUCAAUACCACUAACAACAACAACAACCACAACAACAACAACAACAAUUCCACCACCACUAUAACCUGUGAACUGUGUGGUGGUGGUGGUGGUGGUGAUGGGUGGUGGGGGUGGGGGUGUUAUGGUGGAGGUGGUGGUGAUGAUGAUGAUGGUGAUGAUGGUGAUGAUUCUAACACCAGCCGAAGCUCACCAAGCUAUGACCACAGAGAACCGGUCGGAGGCUGAGAAGGCGAUCCCAGAGAAUUACGACAAGUACUAUGUUCCCGCCGCUAACGACCACCCCGUCAUUGUGUACUUCGACAUGACUCUCCUCGACAUCAGCUCCAUCAACGAGAAUGACAUGACCUUCAGCGUGGAGUGCUUUGUGUCCUAUCGCUGGAAGGAUUGGCGCCUGCGUUGGCCCCUCAAACGACCCGAGCUGAACCCCUGUUGGAACUCCGGUGUGCCCUCCAAGCUGCCCAAACCACUAAAAUUUGACCAGGUUUGCAAAAGUAACUACACCACAAAGAUUCCUCGCUGUGUCAACCCAGAAAAACCUAAGGAAGAAAGAAUAAUAUUACCCUUGAGAUUCCUGGAGGACAUUUGGCAACCCGACGCCUUUUUCAAGAACGGCAUCAAGUCCUCUAUCCACAAGGACUGGGUGGCCAACGAGUAUCUGGCCUUCUAUACCUCAGACGGGCACAUCAGGCUCUUCAGCAGGAUGAGCAUAACGUUGACAUGUCACUUCGAUUUCCAUCACUACCCACACGACCAACAGAAGUGUGAGAUGCUGAUUCAGAGUCUGUCUUACAAGUCGGAUCUGGUGAUGUUUGAGUGGUGUGAGCAGUGGGCCAAGCCGAUUAACAAGCUGGACCAGGAGAUCUUUUCCCUACCCCACUUCACGCUGGCUAAAUAUGACCACGAAGUUUGUAAUACCGAUAUCCCGUGCGUGAAGGCCGUGUUCGUCCUGGUCCGCCACCCCGACUUCCACAUCCUACAUACCUACGUGCCGACCGUGCUUAUUGUCAUUCUCUCCUGGAUGAGCUUUUGGAUCGCCCCGGACGCCACGCCAGCCCGCGUGACCCUGGGCGUGACCUCGAUUCUAACCAUGGCCACCCAGUACUCGCAGUCCACCAAGAACCUGCCCCCGGUCUCGUACAUUAAGAGCCUGGACAUAUGGAUGAUCACAUGUAUGGUCUACGUGUUCAUGGCCCUCCUGGAGUUCGCUAUCGUCUACCACGUUCACUACCGCCGCACGCAGGCCCCCCCGCAGAACCCCACCACCCUCAUCAGCCCCCAAGCCAACCCCCAAAACCAGGUGACGCAGACCCUCACCCUGGACAGCCCCGGGGUCAAGUCGUGGGCAGUGGGCUGGAGGGAGUUUUGGAGGGGGCACACAGCUAUUGAUGAGGCCUCCCGGGUGUUCUUCCCCUUAACUUACUUCUCCUUUGUUUUGGGAUAUUUCGUCCUUUUAACGGGGCAACCAGACGAGGAGGAAGGUGGAACUGGUGGUGUUGGUGGUGGAGGGCAUGGUGGUGUGGAAGGGCAUAGAGUGCAUACGUAGGUGGAGUGGUUGUUUGGUUGGUUGGUUGUGGUGGUGAGGUGAUAUGAGAUUGUGGUGAUGAGAUUGUGGUUUUGGUGGUGGUGGUGGUGGUGGUGGUGGUGAGGGAGGGUAUGGAGGUGAAGUUUAUGUAUACCAUACGUAACUAUACAUAGGAAUAGCUUUAGACCAUACAUACAUACAUAUAUACACACAUACACACAUACACACAUACACACACAUAAAUAUUUACAACAACAAAAAAAAACACUCAUGUAUAUCGUAAUGUAAGGCAGAAAGUAGUAUAUCCAUAAUGAUAAUAAUAAUAAUAAUAAUAAUAAUAAUAAUAAUAAUAAUAAUAAUAAUAAUAAUAAUAAUGAUAGGUUUGCUAGUUCUAACGUAAUUUUCAAGGUCACACGCUGCUAGUAAAUUAAUAGUAAUAAUAAAAUAGAAAAUACUAUCCUAUUAUACGCUAGGUUUAUGAAUAGAAGAGUUCCCCUUUCCCCCCCCUCCAAAAAAAAGGAACAUCGAAAGUUACCCUUAAAUAAUUUUCUUUACUUAACAACUACAGGCAAAACAACACAUUUCCACAAAAGUGAAUUGUAGGCCUAAUAUGUGCAUUAAAAAGGACAUUAUUAAAUGGGAUAAGAAUAUAGAUGACAAAACUAAGGCAUUUGGAAUCACGAAACAGCAGUGGUCAGGACGGACAUAUAGAGAGAGAAUGAACAAUAAGCAAAAAAUAAAAAAAGAGUGGAGAUUAGUUUUAUUAAAUACACCGAUAUCUCUUUUUCUAACUCAGGCUCUCCCUUCAUAAACUUGGGCGAUUCAUAUGACCAGUGAACCAUUUUGUUAGUAAUAUUUCAGCAGCCUAAGCCAGUAGUCAGUUUUAAUUAGAUACGUGUUAUUAAGGAAGCCUAUUAGCAUCAUUAUUAGAAGCUGUCAUGGUGUUAGUUAGUUAGUUAGACAGUCAUUUGACCUCGAUAUCGUGAGUGAGUGAUUUUAAAGUUAAUAUAUACAGAUAACUACACGAGAUUUGGUAAUAUUUCAAAUGUAUUCGCUUUGUUUUUAUUUUCAUGUUUUCAUUGUCGUAUUUUUAGAAGCUUUUAAGGAUACUAGACAGUCAUUUGACCUCUGUAUAUUGAAUGAGUGGUUUCAAAGUUAAUAUAUAUAAAUAACAACACGAGAUUUGGAAUUAUUUUAAAUGUAUUCUCUUUGUUUUCGUUUCCAUGUUUUCCUUGUCGUAUUAAUAUUUUUAGAAGCUUUUAAGGAUACCAGACAGUCAUUUGACCUCGGUACUGGGAGUGAGGGAUUUCAAAGUUAAUAUAUAUAAAUAACAACACGAUUUUGGAAUUAAUUUAAAUGUAUUCGCUUUGUUUUUGUUUUCAUGUUUUCAUUGUCGUAUUUUUAGAAGCUUUUAAGGAUACUAGACCGUCAUUUGACCUCGGUAUCGUGAGUGAGUGAUUUCAAAGUUAGUAUAUAUAAAUAACAACACGAGUUUUGGUAUUUUUUUAAAAAUGUAUUCGCUUUGUUUUCGUAUUCAUGUUUUCAUUGUCGUAUUAAUAUUUUUAGAAGCUUUUAAGGAUACUAGACAGUCAUUUGACCUCGGUAUCGUGAGUGAG